AUGAAAGGCGUCCCUACUCAUUGCUGGUUAACAGUGCCAAAACAAACUAAUCGCCGUCUCGGAGAUCUUCCUAUGGAAAUCAUCUACAAGGUGAUGGGGCUUCUUGGCUGGGAGGGCUCGACCUGUCUAGGCUUAACAUGUCCUGAGCUUUACGCUACCUACAGAGCUCUAUACCCAUCAAAGGUGCCAUUAAGAAGCCUGGUCAAUACAAGUCUUCCCUUUCGAUUAUACCCAGUCACUGACAUCGAGAUGACCGAAUUAUAUCCACCAAUUCCGCUGUACAAGCUAGUUGGAGAUUGGAGCGGGUUGAAAGAUGAAUAUUUCUAUUGGAAGAAUGAUCGCUGUUGGAAUAAAGAGAGCGCAGGUUUUUUUUCAAAAAUGACAACUGCAUUAGAUAUCCCUUCGAGCGGUGUUAAAAUACCAGAUCUUUUUCUUCUCAGGUCUGCGUUCGGAGAUCAGAUCCAAAAUAUGAAGAUCUUGCAGGAAAGAUAUGAGGAUUAUAAUUUCACACGCAGCGAUUUUGACUUGACAGAUUACGACGGGGAUGGUGCGAGUUAUAUGGACACAAAAGGGGCAAACUUGAUCCUCCAAGGGAGUCGAAUUCCCUCUCCCUUCAACCUAGGGGUUGAAUGGGAUAGCAAAGCUAAGAAAGUAAUUAUGGAGAGCAUGAAACUCUCAUCAUCUGCACUCAUCUGGAAAUCUUACUGGAAAUACACAAAUAUCUGGCAGCGAAAUUGGUUGUACUUCAAUCAGAAAUGGAAAUCUGCUGAGGCAGUGGAGAAAGCUUUGGACGACCUCCGAGAAUGGAUCGAAAUGAUCGGGUUUUGA